AUGAGUUUAGAAUUAUAUGGAACCAAUUUAGGUUUACAUGGUCCAUUAAUAAAAGAAACAAAUCAAACAUUUGCAGUUAAUCUUCCACAAUCUUCAUUCAAAUUAAAUUGGAAUGAAGUUGUUUAUGGUACAAUUCCUAAUACAAUUGAUAUAAAAAUUUCAACAAAAUACUAUACAUUGGCAACUAAAUAUUUAAAACCAACAAUUUUUGAAAUUACAAGGUCUGGUAAUACCUUUACAUUCAAAGGAAAAAACUUUUCUUACAAUAUCAGUGUUAUUGAAAUUAAAAUUUUAGAUAUUGAAUGUCCAAUAAGUUAUAGUGAAUUUACUAUUAUUAAUUGUAAAUCUAAUAAAACUCAAUUGGGUAAUUCAAUCCAAGGAACAAUUCAAAAUAAAAUGUCUACUGAAAUUAUUCCAUUUUAUCUAAAUACAAAUGAUAAUUCAACAUCAAUACAAUGUAGUACUGAUUGUAAUGAACCUUUAGGUAAUGGAAAAUGUAACAUCGCAAAUGGAAUUUGUAAAUGUAUCAAUGAAUUUAUUGGUAAUGAUUGCUCUAUACCAAAUCAAUACAUUUCAUCAGUAUCAUCAGUAUCAACAAGUGGUGGUGUUGUAAAUAUCUGGGGUUGGUUUGGUACAUUACAUUCAGGAUUAUCAAUUAUGAUUGGUCAACAAGUUUGUCAACAUGAUAUUAAUUCAAUUACUAGUAGUUUUAUAAAUUGUACAGUUGGUGCUGGUAGUGGUACACAAUCAAUUACUCUCACUCAAAAUGGUAUUACAUAUACUGGUAUUAAUAUGUUCCAUUAUACUGAAUUAACAUAUAGAUGUCCAAAAGAUUGUUCAAAUAAUGGUAAAUGUAAUACAAAUACAGGUCAAUGUAAAUGUAAUAGUGGAUGGGGUGGUUAUGAUUGUAAUUCAAAAUCAUCAACUGAUGGUGGAACUACAACAACAAUAUCAUCAUCAUCAUCAACCACAGGUACAACUCAAACACCAACACCAACAAAGGAAAUUCCAAAAUCAAAUACAACCAUUAAUGGAACUGAUGGUUUAACUGUUUUGAAUAAUCAACAAACAACAUAUGAAAUUUCAAUUGUAUCAUUAAUUGAAACUGAUUUUUCAAAUAAUAUUGUGAAUACAUAUAACUUAUCAAAGAAAUGGACACCUGUAAACCAUACCAAUAUAAAUAUCUAUAAAUUUACUCAAACAAUUCAAGAAUCAUGUAUUAUCACAUACACUAUUGAAGAAGUUAAAACAGCAAGAGAAUAUCGAUGGGCAGGUUUAGAUUUAACAUUGGAUAAAGAUUCAAUCAAAAUUUCAGUCUCAAUUAAAAAUUACACUUUUAAUAGUGUUUUAAAUAAUCUUCAAUUAAGAUUUGAAUCAUUAGUAGGUGAUAAUAAUAGAAAUACUCAAGAUAAUAAUGAAUGUAAUAAUAGAGAUACUCAAGUUGAUACAAGUGAAAUCGAUAAGAAUCAAUUACUAAACUAUUUAACAAUAUCAAGAAAUCAAAAAGUUUUAUAUGGUCGUUUCAUUAAUAGAGUUAUUAGUGAUUCAAGACAAACUUUUAUAACAACCUCUGUAAUUCCAAAUAAUAAUAAUAAUAAUAAACAAUCAGUGAUCAUUGGAUUAAACCUCCCACAUUGUAAAAAUGAAUGUUUAAUUGAUCCUGAUUUCUCUGUUUUGGUUUCAUCAUCUUAUCAAGAAUGUUCAAGUGAUUUAAAUAAUGGUGGUCGUGCCAGUUGGGUAUUACCUGUUGCUAUCGUUGUACCUUGUGUUGCUGUAGUUUUAAUAGCAAUUAUUGUUGCAAUUUUAUACAGAAAGAAUCGUUUGGCAUUUUUAAUUGCAAAAAGUAAAAUUAAUGAUAUUAGAUUAUCAAAGAAAGAAUUAAAAUAA